AUGAAGACGGGGCGGACAUUCUGGCAGUAUUCCUGUGGGCGGCCCGCCGAUGCGAGAGUAAAAGGGCAAGCAAGCGACGAAAAGCAACGGGCCGUGCGCCCAUCAAUUCCAACACCCCACCCGCUCUGCCUUCUCCUGCACAUAGCGCGCAGCCGGCUCUCCCAGACGGAGGGGCUGCCAGACUCCACUACAAGGCUGACAGGCCACGCAAAGGACACACAGAGGAUCCAGCGCAUGCCUCCUCAGAAGAGCUGCCGGGUGGGCCAGCGGGCCGAGCGCCUCGGUUUAGCCACUGGUCUGGGGCGCCACGAGCUGUGCCCGGCGGCCCGGCGGAACCUGCGCGUUGAUCUCGUUCAGCCGUGCAACCUGGCUGCCGAGGCUGGCCAACUCUGA